GGCAUCGCGAGUGGCUGUCGCCCACUGACUGCACUCGCUGCAUUUCCCCCCGUCUUCCUAUCCCGCCCCCUCUCCUUCCUCGCUCCACGGACUGAGCUAGAGUCCAGUCGUCGCAAUAUUCGUUCGUUCGUAGCUCCGCCCCGCGGAUGAGUCGGUCUCGCAAGCGGAUUUAGUCCGCUCUCCUCCACCAGUCUGCCACGGAGCACAUCGCUGCCGCCUUCUCGACUCCACUGCAGAUUCCAUGCUUUGCGCUCGCGCGAGAAUCCAUCAGAACUUUUGACACUGGUGGUCCGUUUGGUGGGUAAGUUGUUGUCCCACUCUAUAGACCGCCUACUACAAGUAUCCCAAAGCUCAAAUGGCCGAGGCAGUACUCAUUGCUGUGACGAAGAUUGGUUCCAUUUUAGCAGAUGAAGCCAUCAUGGCCAUUAUAGAUAAGUUGUCUGAAAAAGUUACUAAUCUGAAGGAACUGCCAGUAAAGAUUGAGCAAAUAAGAAAGCAACUGAAUAUGAUGAGUAAUGUUAUAAGGAAAAUAGGCACGGUAUAUCUCACAGAUGAACUUGUCAAGAGUUGGAUUGGGGAGGUCCGCAAUGUGGCCUACCAUGUUGAAGAUGUAAUGGAUAAAUACUCAUACCAUGCUCUUCAACUUAAGGAAGAAGGUUUCCUCAAGAAAUUCUUCAUUAAAGCAACACAUUAUGUCAAGGUUUUCAGUGAAAUUGCCAAUAAUGUAGUUGACGUAGAGAAGGAGAUUCAGCUAGUUAUACAGAUGAAAGAUCAGUGGUUGCAGCCCUCCCAGCUUGACGCCAACACACUUGCUGAGAUGGAAAGACAGCGGUCCCAAGACGGCUUCCCUGAAUUUGUCAAGGAUGAAGAUCUUGUAGGAAUUGAAGACAACAGGAUAUUGCUGACCAAAUGGCUGUACUCCGAAGAGCAGGAAAACACUGUGAUAACAGUAUCGGGCAUGGGUGGGUUGGGAAAAUCUACCCUGGUCUCAAAUGUUUAUGAACGUGAAAAGAUCAACUUCUCUGCAAAUGCAUGGAUCGUUGUGUCACAGGUUUACACUGUUGAUGCCCUGUUGAGGAAGCUACUAUGGAAGAUCGGAUACACCGAACAACCAUCGUCUCAAAUGGACGUGCAUGACUUGAAAAAGGAAAUACAGAAGAGACUUGAAAAUAGAAAAUACUUGAUUGUGCUGGAUGAUGUCUGGGAGCAAGAGGUAUACUUCCAAAUACGUGAUGCUUUCCAGAAUCUGCAAGGAAGUCGGAUCAUCAUUACAACACGGAAGGACCAUGUCGCCGGAAUCUCUCCUUCCGACCGUCACCUUGAGCUGCAGCCGUUGAGUAAUUCUGACGCCUUUGACCUCUUCUGCAGAAGGGCUUUUUACAACCAGAGGGGCCACAUGUGCCCCAAGGAUUUUGAGAUAAUUGCUGCCUCUAUAGUUGAAAGAUGUCAUGGCCUGCCUCUAGCAAUUGUUACCAUUGGUAGCCUGUUGUCCUCCAGACCACGAUUAGACAUUUGGACACAAAAGUACAAUCAGCUUCGAAGUGAGCUGUCAAAUAAUGAUCAUGUCCGAGCAAUUUUCAAUCUGAGUUACCAUGACCUUUCAGAUGAUCUCAGAAACUGCUUCUUGUACUGCAGUCUGUUCCCAGAAGACCACCCCAUGCCACGUGACAGCCUUGUGCGGCUGUGGGUUGCAGAAGGCUUUGUGGUGAGUAAAGAAAAGAACACACCAGAGGUGGUCGCUGAGGGCAAUCUUAUGGAAUUGAUCCACCGCAAUAUGCUUGAAGUUGUGGAGACUGAUGAGCUUGGUAGGGUUAGCACCUGUAAGAUGCAUGAUAUUGUGCGUGAACUGGCUAUUUCUGUUGCUAAAGAAGAGAGAUUUGCUUCAGCAAAUGACCAGCGUGAAAUGAUACAGAUGGAUAAGGAUGUUCGCCGGCUAUCAGCAUGUGGAUGGAAAGAAAACACUGCAUUGACACUUAAACUUCCACGUCUUAGAACUGUAGUGUCACUUGGAGUAAUUUCAUCCUCCCCUGGCAUGUUGUCUUCAAUCCUGUCUGAAUCUAGCUACCUGAGUGUUCUUGAGCUUCAAGACUCUGAAAUCACUGAAGUGCCAGCAUCGAUAGGGCAUCUGUUCAAUCUACGUUACAUUGGCUUACGACGCACCAAGGUCAAAUCACUCCCGGAUUCUGUUGAGAAUCUUUCUAACCUCCACACUCUGGACAUUAAGCAAACCAAAAUAGAGAAGCUACCACGGGGAAUUGUUAAGAUCAGGAAGUUACGGCACCUUUUAGCUGAUAGAUAUGCUGAUGAGAAGCAGACAGAGUUCCGUUACUUUAUGGGAAUGCAUGCACCUAAAGAGCUGUCCAACUUGGAAGAACUGCAAACUCUUGAGACUGUGGAAUCUAGUAACAACUUGGCUGAGCAGCUGAAGAAACUGAUGCAACUAAGCAGUUUGUGGAUUGACAACAUAAGUGCUGCUGACUGUGCACUUCUGUUUGCUACCCUGUCAGAUAUGCCACUUCUUUCCAGCUUGCUUCUUUCUGCAAAGGAUGAGAAUGAGACACUUUGCUUUGAGGCUCUGAAGCCAAAGUCUACAGAUCUGCGCAAGUUGAUUAUCAGAGGGCAAUGGGCUAAGGGGACACUGAAUUGGCCGAUAUUUCUUGACCAUGGAACCCACCUCAAGUAUCUUGCUCUAAGCUGGUGCGACCUUGGGGAAGAUCCACUGAAGAUCCUUGCACCACACCUGCCGAACCUCACAUUUCUAAAACUGAACAACAUGCAUAGUGCAAAUACUUUGGUUCUAUCUGCAGGUUCCUUCCCCAGUCUGAAGACACUGGUCUUGAAGCACAUGCCUGAUGUCAGCCAGAUGAACAUCAUUGAUGGCGCUCUUCCAUGCAUUGAAGGUUUGUACAUCGUGUCUCUGUUGAAGCUGGAUAAGGUCCCCCAAGGCAUUGAAUCACUUGGCUCCCUGAAGAAGCUCUGGCUGCUGAGCUUGCACAAGGAUUUCAGAAGUCAAUGGGUCACUAGUGGGAUGCAUCAGAAGAUAAUGCAUGUUCCAGAGAUUCGUGUCUAGAUGCAGCAAGUGGGUUCUUUCUGCAGUGUCUUUGUCGGUUCUUUGCUUCUUUCUGCAGUCUCAUUCCUGUAUGCCGCAUCGUAUUUUUGAUCAUUCAAAUAAGUUUGUGACUAUUGAAAUCACCAGUAGCAUUUGGCCCGUACUUGUAUAUUGUAACACCAUUUAUUCCUCGAAGAUUUAUGUCCACUGCCUUUCAGAGGCCUCUGUACUGUUUCUAUGUUGAUCGUGCUCUGUACGUUUGUGUUGUUUAAGUUGCAUGCUUUAGUACCAAUUUCAUGUAACAACAUGCAUUAUUUGUAUCGAACAUCUUCUGUGAUUGAUCCUGUCAAACAUUUCA